AUGCGCAUCUCACGAUUGCCAUUUGCGUAUCCUAGAGGGCUGGUGAUACAGUCUUCAGCGAGGCGAUACGGUCCAGCAGCGCCAUGGACGUGGCGGCCACGUAGACCUGUCGUCCGAUGCGAGUAUGGCUACGGCAUGGUCAAGAGGCAAAUCCACAUCGGCCAAGUGUUGAUGCCACCCGCCAUCUUUACCGGACUUUUUCUUGCCUUGUGGUGCUACAAGUGCAUCAUGCUUGUCUUGUUCCAGAAUGCCAUCAUUUACAACCCCUUUCUUCCACCAAAUGCUCGCAGCAUGCGGAUUUCGGACUUUUCACGCCAGUGCGGAGGAAUCGAAUGGCGAGAGGACCGUAUCAAAUCUCUGGAUGGCACCGAGAUUGCUCUUUGUAUAAGUGAGAUGUCUUGUGGUCACAAGUCUGACACCUCGCCAAAGACGCCGGUGUACAUUUUAUAUUUCCAAGGAAACGCUUCAUCUCUCCCUCCUCGGCUGCCAGAUAUCUCUGGUAUUAUUCGUCUACUCAAAGCAGAGACUGAGGGGCCGGUCCAUUAUACUAUGAUUUGCCUUAGCUACAGAGGAUAUUGGACAUCACAUGAUCGUCCUUCUGAAAAAGGCAUCGACCUGGACUCUGAGGCCGCACUUCGAUGGAUAUCAAAGCUCCAUCAUGAUCGAUAUAAGCAGACAGAAGGGGCACCCAAUCCCAUCACCAUCUUGUGGGGGCAGAGUAUCGGGUGUGGCUUCGCAACAAAUCUGGCGGCCAAAACUCAGACUGCUGCAUUUUUGCCAAUUAAUGCCUUGCUACUAGAAACACCAUUCACAAAUACCCGCGCAAUGCUCACGGCGCUGUAUCCACAAAAGUGGUUGCCGUAUCGACACCUUUGGCCUUUUUUGCGCAACCAUCUUGAUAGCUGGGCAAACUUGGGGACGAUAGCCGAUAAAGCCCAAAAACCAGGGGUUUAUAUAGUAGAGGGUGGUAAAGACGAAUUAGUGCCCUCCGAUCAUGGCAGCAUCCUUUACAAGCGAUGUCAGGAUGUUCAGCUGUUUGCAGAGCUGCAUAGAGUCCGCGGAGCGCUUCAUAACGAUGUGAUGGUACGGAAAGAAGGCAAACACACCAUUGCACGGUCUAUUGCCUUGGCCGUUUCGCGGGCACAAGAGGCCCGGGCAGAUCAAAAGCCAUCUCUGCAUGAUCCGCCAAAAGGCAACAGUUGA